AUGCCUGUUGGACAGUAUAUCGAGCGAGAGGCCAGUGGCUCUAAAUCCCAAUUUGCGCCAGGCCACAAAAUUCCUAUUCAACACUUGACAAAACCGGGUCUGCAAUCUGACAUGGGAGAGCCCAAGCCUGUGUCAACUCAUAUCCCCACCGAGGAUUAUGGCUAUCAGACCUACAAAGCCGCCGGAAAGCUCCAAGGAAAACAUGCAAUCAUCACUGGAGGUGAUUCUGGAAUAGGACGGGCAGUUGCAAUCCUAUUUGCAAUGGAGGGUGCGUCAAGUCUAAUCAUUUACUUGCCCGAAGAGGAGUCGGAUGCGCAAGUGACAAAGAAGAGAGUCGAAGAAUAUGGACAGCAGUGCCAUACUCUCGCUAUUGAUAUUCGCAAGAAGGAGAAUUGUCAAAAGAUCAUCAAUGUGGCCCUGGAAAAGAUGGGCAGCAUUGACAUUCUUGUGAACAAUGCGGCGUUCCAAGACAUGCUGAGCGAUAUCAGCGAGGUCGAUGAGUGA